AUGUCGAUGAAGCUGAGCCGCAAUUCAUAUAGGGUGGGAUGGAUCUGCCCACUGGAGGUGGAACAGGUCGCAGCCCUGGAGAUGCUGGAUGAACAUCAUCAAUCUCUUCCACUACCAAGCGGAGACACAAAUAUCUACAACCUCGGAAGCAUCAACGAUCAUAACGUUGUCAUCGCCGGGCUUCCCCUCGCUGGGAAUUGCCCCGCGGCUACAGUUGCGACGCAAAUGAGAAUGACAUUCCCAAACCUCAAAUAUUGCUUACUCGUAGGCAUCGGCGGAGGUGUGCCAAUCAAGACAGACCACGGAAUCAUUCGCCUAGGACACGUUGUUGUGACACGAGCAGGCCAUUUUGAACGAAAAGGCUUUCUGUCCUCUCCACCAACUACUCUGCUUAACGCUGCACGACAAAUCGCUGUUCAGCGUCAACGCAUGACUCAUGAUCCAGUUUGGAUGAAUACCCAGAGGAUCGAUUCUUCUCGCAGGACCCUUUCUCAUUUCAAAUUUCCCGGGGCUGCUAAUGAUUAUUUAUACCCAUCGGAUUAUGAACAUCAACAAAAGGGAGAGUCCUGUGAGAACAGCGGAUGUGACUCAGAAGUGCGAAUUGACCGACCGACAGAAGAAGAUUCCUUCAUCGUCGUACACAGAGGAACAAUCGCGUCCGGAGAAUUAGUGAUCAAGGAUGCCAACAAGAGAGACGAGCUAGCCGGAGAGCAAGGGGUAUUAUGCUUUGAGAUGGAGGCUGCAGGUGUCCUUACUGAUUUCCCAUGUAUGGUGAUCCGGGGGAUCUCUGACUACUGUGACACCCACAAGAACGAUAUUUGGCAUGGAUAUGCGGCAGCGGUUGCAGCCGCCUAUGCAAGGCAGUUGUUCUUCCAUAUACCUAUCGAGGAGCAGGAGAACUCAAAUCCGACCCCUCCUGCUUUUGAUCUCCCAUUAAAACUAUCCCAAAUCUCUGAAGUGACCCGGUUUGUCGCAAGGGAUAAGGAGCUCAUAGAACUACAUGAGAUUCUUGGGAGCACUUCUGAGCGACGAGUUGCCAUCUUGCGUGGUUUAGGUGGUAUUGGCAAGACACAGUUGGCAACUGCAUACCUGAAGCAACAUUGUGCAGACUACUCGGCGACAAUCUGGCUGAAUGCGAGAGAUGAAGCAACGCUGAAACAGAGCUUUGCCCACACAGCAGAGUGGAUCCUUCGUCACCAUCCAUCUCUCACAUAUAUUGAAGGUGCCCUGAAUAGCCAGAGCCUUGACCAGGCAGUAAGGGCAGUGAAAUUCUGGCUAGACGAGCCACGCAAUGAUCGCUGGUUAGUUGUUUUUGACAAUUACGACAAUCCGCUGUUGGAAAACCGAAGAGGCAAAAUUGCGGAACCUGUCUCCUGCCAGAGUGAAGAAAGUGGUGAUAUCUCAAAGUCCUUUGAUCUUCGCUUAUUCCUGCCUGAUACAAACCAUGGCGCCAUCAUUGUCACGACGCGAUCCUCCAUGGUGAAAUUGGGCCAGGUCAUCCAAUUGACCAAGCUACUGGAUAUAAAGGAUAGUCUUGAGAUCCUGGCAUCGGUUUCCGGCCGUGAUGGCUUGGGGGAAGAUCCAGAUGCAAAGAAACUUGCAAAGGAGCUUGAUGGACUUCCACUGGCCCUUGCAACUGCAGGUGCAUACCUGGAGCAAGUUGCAAUGAGCUAUGCGGAGUACUUGCAGCUAUACCGUGAAUCAUGGCAAGAAUUGCACGAAGAGACACCCCAACUUGCAUCAUACGAUCAAACCUUAUACUCAACGUGGAACAUGUCAUACAAAUACAUCCAGUCUCAGAAUCCACUUGCAGCGAUGCUUUUGCGACAAUGGGCCUACUUUGCCAGCGAGGACUUAUGGCAUGAGCUGCUGGCAGAAGAUCAUGGUGGGGAACCAAAAAAGCCGGAAUGGUUGAUAAAGCUCACGAAAAAUAAGCUCAGUUUCCAUGGAAGCCUGAGAAUUUUGUGCAGCCAUGGACUUGUGGAGCCUCAGCCUACCGUGGCAUCGCGAUGUGCAGAAUCACAAGGCUAUACUGUGCACGGAUGUGUCCAUUCAUGGAUGGUUCAUGUGUUGAACCAAGGGAUUGAUAGAAAAAUGGCCUACGCAGCAAUUCGAUGUGUGGUACAACAUAUACCUCUUUCAACCCAUCCUCAAUCCUGGCUCAUACAGCGGCGACUUGCCGCACAUGCAGACAGGUGCAUAGAGCUGAUAAAGGAUAUAGAAGUAUGCGGGGGAACUGCACAUUCUCGUUAUAUAAUAGGCAACUUCUACGCAAAUCAGGGUCAGCCUGGACAGGCGGAGUCAAUACUAAAGGAAGCAAUUAGAGAUCUCGAAAGUUUACGAGGACGAGAACAUCCGCUCACACUUCGUGCCCUGAAUGAUCUUGGUUGUCUCUAUUUGAAUGAUAGCCUUGGAGAGCGAAACCGAGAAGCAGAGUUGAUAUACACGCGUGUUAUAGAAGGCUUCGAGACAUCAUUUGGACGGAAGGACAGUCUGACACUAUGCGCCAUUUCUAACCUUGCCAUUGUUUACCAGAAUCAAGGACGACUUAUCGAGGCGGAGGAAUUAUAUAAGGAAGCAGUCGAAGGGCUCGAAAAGGCGUGGGGAAAGAAGCAUCCAGUGCAAUUGACUAUCCUGCGUGGAUUUGGUGAUCUCUACGCUGCUCAAGAACGAUUUCAAGAGGCAGAGAUAAUAUUGAAGCAGGCUCUAGAAGGAUUUGAGGAGAUGCUAGGACGAGAACACCCAGAAACACUAAAAACUGUCCAUGCGCUUGGCGGAGCAUACGCAGAUGAAGGGAGGCAUAAAGAGGCAGAGACCCAUUACAAGCGAGCUCUAGAAGGCCAAAAAAAGGUAUUGGGAGAAGGCCAUAGUUCAACAUUAUUUACCGUCAAAUGCAUCGGCCGAUUGUAUUGGAUACAAGGGCGGCCGCAAGAGGCCGAGAUUAUGUGGCAGCAAGCCCUCAAAGGCUACGAGAAAGCCUUGGGACGGGAACACCCAUGGGCCCUCGAACUAGUUUUCAGGAUCGCUUUGUCUUACGACAGGAAAGGACAGCUUUGGGAGGCAAAGAAAAUGUUUGAGCAAGUCUUGAAAGGAUACGAUAAGGCUUUGGGGCCAAAGAGUGCUUCAACACACCCCCUUUUCUUGGACACACUCGAAUACCUCAGCUACAUAUGCUUCGAUCAUUGGGAAACUGAGAAGGCAAGGAUCUAUCGCCAAAGAGCACGUAAUGGUCGUUUGGGGGCGAAAUAG